AUGGCACGCAGAAGCCGGGCGCUCUUGCUCCUUGCCGCUGUUGCCUUGUGGUACAUCGAAAGGAGCAGGCGGAAGGAUCCGGGGUGCUUUCUUGCGGGCCCGGCAGGUGGAGGUGGCGGCCCACCAGGAGGGGUGCCAGGGCCAGGGCCAGGGUCUGCUUCCUUCCGGAAGCUUUCGGAGCGUGAGGCUCUGUCUGAGUCGAGCGAUGCUCCGCCGCUGGCCGCGGAGAGCUCCGUUCCGGAAGAGAUCCUGGCGGGCAUCAGCGUGGCCUUCUCUCUGCUCUCCAAAGCAAUCGCCUGCAGCGCCAUCGUGGGCACAGGGCCUUUGGUUGGUUUGUGGUCCUGCGUGGCCCUUGGCUUGGCAAGUCUGGUCGGCAUGCGCCCUGGUGUUGUGGCGGGUUCUGCCGCCGUGGUCGUAGUGCCUUUGGGUGCGUUUGCAGCGACGAACGGCCUCGCACUGGUGCCUUUGGUCGUGCUGUUGGCAGCUGCCAUAGAGUUUCUGGCUGGCAUCGUGGGCUUCGCCAGAACGUUGGAUUUGGUCUCCAAAGAAGUGCUAGCAGGAUUCUUGAAUGCACUGGGCCUGGCACUGCUUGUCUCCCAAUCCGCGGCACUUUCCACUCCAAUGGGCUUCAGCCUUGCCAUCAUCUGCGCAGCGCUAACACAGUUCCUGCCCUCGGCGCCCAUUCCCUCAUCUUUGGUGGGCCUUGCCGUUGCCACAGCCGUAGGCCUUGCCUUCAACUUCGAUGUCCCGACACUGGCCAUGAAGGCCAAGGACCCCACCGCCUUUUCCGGUGGCCUCGCGGCCCUACCUCCUUUUCAGCUGCCUCAAAUGCCUUCCAUGGAUGACGUGCAGCUCGCGCUUCCUUGCGCCAUCUCCAUUGCCUUCAUUUCCCUCAUCGAGACGCUCCUCGCCGCACGCGUGGUGGACGACCGCAAGUGCGAGGACCUUUGCACGUCUCCUGAUCGAGAAAUUGAGGAGGAGGAGCUGUUCUUCUAUGACGAGAACGGCGAGCUGGUCCAGGGUGGUGAUCCCGAAGUACCUUUGCAGGUGGAUGUGCCGACCUCCACCGUGCUGUCUCUGGCAGCCGGCAAUGCCGGCUCCGUGCUGCUGGGUGGCUUCGGCGGUGCAGGCUUGGUUCCACAGACCGUGCUGAACCUGAAUUCCGGAGGCCGUGGCCGCUGGUCCAUUGGAUCCUAUGCAGUAUCCAUGGUGGCCUUCGCGCUUGUCCUGGCGCCUUUGGUCGGUCAGAUCAGUGUUCCGGCUUUGGCUGGCAUCAUGGUCCAAGUCUCACUGGACACCAUCCAGUUCAAACCCACCCUCGACGCCUUCAAGACGGCCUUCGAGGGAAAGGAGGAAGACGCGAAUGUCCGCUUGGGAAUCCUUGUCAUUACUGCGGUGCUCUGCUACCAGGUCGACUUCGCAGUGGGGAUUUGCACAGGCGUAGCUCUCGACAAAGGUGCCGAAGCACUCAAAUUGAAGAAGGCGGCGAGUUAA